AUGUCGGGGCGAAGUUCCACCACGAACUUCCGCAACAGAACAGGCUCUCAUGGAGCACGCGAUCUGAUCGCCGGGCACACGAGAAGCUCUAGAAGGCUUUCGCAGAUGCACCAGAACAUACUGCAUCCUCAGCUGCAAGUGAUGGUGGAGCAGUGGCAGAUGAGAGAACGGUAGGCGGAAACUGAAUUGUGCUCGAUAGGGAUGGAAAACAGGCGAUUUUAGGCGCCUGUUCUGCAUCCCAUUUUCAUUCUUGAUGAUCACUGCGGUUUCCUCAUUUCAGUCCAUCUCUGGAAACCGAGAACGGAAAGGGAUCAUUGCUUUUGGAGACGGAAGGCAUCGCCGACGUCAUUGAAAUCGCUCCGCAAGGGGAAGUGAUCAGUAUUGUGUUUCCUUGGUUUCUGGCCAACGUGCGCACCACUCUCGACAUUAAGCUCUCUGAGUUCAAAAACUUGCUCUUCGAUCAAAUCGCUCCAAUGAAAUGGUCGGGAUUCUCGACAAAACCGCAAGAUUACGUGUUCAGACAACUCAACAAUUUCGGAGAAAUCGAAGUUAUUUUCAAUGACGACGUAAGAUCUGACUAGUGUGAGAAAAACGAGAAAACGGCAAACUUGUUGUUUCAGCAACCACUGUCAAAACUCGAUUUGCACGGAACAUUCCCAAUGCUCUUUUUGCUUCAACCGGACGGAAUGAACAGGGACAAAGAGUUGAUGCGAGAUAUCAGUCACUGUUUGGGAUACUCUUUGGAUAAGCUGGAAGACAGUCUGGACGAAGAGCUACGGCAGUUCCGUGCUUCUCUCUGGACGCGCACAAAAAGAACUUGCCUGAAUCGAGGACUGGAGGGAACCAGUCAUUACGCGUUCCCCGAAGAACAGUUCCUUUGUGUCGCCGAGCAGUGUCCCAAAGAUUUAGACUCGAAAGUGAAAGGUAUGAGAAGAAAUUCUGACCUUUUCGUCGAAAAGAGUCUUCGAGAAAACAUUAUUUCAGCCGCCAACCUGAACUACCAGUUGUUCUGGAGAAAACGAAAAGCAGAAAUUCAGGGAGUUUGCGAAAAGAUGCUUAAAGUUGAGAUAAAGUUCAACUGCGACUUCACCCCGCAAACUUUGCUGCACGAAUUCCUUCGCGAGAUCAACCGUCUGAACGUGCUGGACAUUGAAGAUCCGGCUGACGAAGGAUGGAUUCUGCAGCUGGCCGGACGAACGACGUACAUGACGAACCCAGAUGUCAGACUAACCUCGUAUGAUGUGAGUUACGGAAAAAUAGAGCUUGAAAGGAGCUUGAAAGGAACACAUUUUUCAUUUAGGGAGUUCGUUCCGAAUUGGAAAGCUAUCGCUCCCCUGGAUUCGUUGUCCGCCGCGCAUCACUCGUUUUAAAGGAUUUUGUUCGUCCGAAGCCCCUCUACGAACCCCAUUACGUGCGUGCUCACGAGCGGAAACUGGCACUUGAUGUUCUGAGCGUUUCAAUAGAUGUAACUCCGAAGCAGAACAAGAACAGCGACAAAGUGCUCACCGACUUUCGACCGACUGCUUCUCUGAAACAAGUGUCUCUUUGGGAUCUCGAUGCUAAUCUAAUGAUCCGACCCGUCACUGUCACUGGCUUUGAUUUUCCGGUCGAAUCGGAAAUCUACGUGAGAAUGGACUUCACAGUGUACGUGGGAACUCUUGUGCUCGCCACGAAGUCAUCCACGAAAGUGAACGCACAGUUCUCGAAAUGGAAUAAGGAAAUGUACACUUUCGAUUUGUAUAUGAAGGACAUGCCGCCCUCGGCCGUUCUGAACGUCCGCGUCUACUACGGAAAAGUGCGUCUGAAUAGUCCGGAAGCUGAAGUUGGAUGGGUGAAUAUGUCACUGACGGACUGGCGAGACGAGCUAAGGCAAGGGACGUUCACAUUCAAUCUGUGGGCUCCCGAACCGACGGCGAACAGAAGUCGAAUCGGAGAGAACGGAGCACGCAUCGGAACGACCGCGGCCGUGACAAUAGAGAUUUCCAAUUACGGCGGAAGGGUUCGGAUGCCGAGUCAGGGACAAUACACGUAUCUUGUGGAUCAUCGGAGCAGCUGGACAGAGACUGUGAACAUUGUGGGCGACGACUACGAAGCAUGCAUUCGGGAGCCAGGAUACAAACUGCUCAUGCAACUUGUGAAGAAGCACGAACAAGGAACCGCGCUGGACAGCGAUGAGCAGAAGCACGUGUGGAAUUGGAGGAGAUACAUUCAGAAGCAGGAACCCGACUUGCUCACCGUAAUCUCGGAACUCAAGUUCGUGUGGACAGACCGAGAGAACUUCUCGGAACUGUAUGUUAUGCUCGAGCGAUGGAGGCCUCCGAGUGUCGCCGCUGCGUUGACAUUGCUCGGAAAACGGUGUACAGAUCGAGUCAUCAGAAAGUUCGCUGUUGAGAAGCUCGACGAGCAACUCACUCCAACCACAUUCCAUCUCUUCAUCCUGCCGCUCAUACAGGCGCUGAAGUACGAGCCACGUGCUCAAUCCGAAGUCGGAAUGAUGCUGCUCACGCGUGCUCUCAGCGAUUAUCGUGUCGGACACCGUCUCUUCUGGCUUCUUCGCGCAGAAAUCGGACGUCUCAGGUAGAACACUCGCACCGAGUUUGUAUACACUCAAUGAUUUCAGAGACUGCGAAAUGAAAAGUGAAGAAUUCCGUCGUAUCUCGCUUCUGAUGGAGGCCUAUCUGCGUGGAAACGAGGAGCACAUCAAGACGAUCAUCCGACAGGUCGACAUGGUUGACGAGCUCACACGGAUCAGCACUCUUGUCAAAGGACUUUCGAAGGAGGCGGCGAGAGCGAAGCUUCGAGAAGAGCUGCGAUCAAUCCGUUACAAGAUGGAGAACAUGGACUCACCGCUGGAUCCAGUUUACAAACUCGGAGAGCUUCAGUAUGGAGACACCUUUCCCCGCAAUUCGAACUCUUUCUUUCCAGUAUCGAAAAGGCGAUCGUGCUGGGAAGUGCCAAGCAGCCUCUUCGACUUGUCUGGAAGAACAAAAAUCCGAAGAGCGACCUCCAUUUGCCGUACUGCGAAAUGAUCUUCAAGAAUGGAGAUGGUAAUCGUUUAAAUGAAAGAUCUCGCCUAAUCCCGGCAGUUCAGACCUUCGCCAGGAUAUGCUUGUUCUCCAAGUGCUCGAAGUGAUGGACAACAUCUGGAAAGCAGCCAACAUCGACUGCUGCCUCAGCCCGUACGCCGUUCUUCCAAUGGGCGAAAUGAUCGGAAUCAUCGAAGUGGUACCCAACUGCAGAACGAUAUUCGAAAUUCAGUGUGGAUCGGGCAUUGUGAAUACGGCCGUCCGAGGCAUUGAUCCGAACUUUAUGAACAAGUGGAUCCGUAAAAAAUGCGGCCUAGAGUAAUAGGACCGUUCAGUUUUGUUCAAUUGCUGUAACAUUUCAGAGAAGAGAAGAAAAAGGACAAGAAAACAGUUCCGACGGAUCUUGAUGCGGCUGCGAAUGCGCAAGCGACGAAAAAGUACUUCGAGAGCGUCGACCGGUUCCUGUAUUCGUGUGUCGGAUAUUCAGUCUCCACCUACAUAAUGGGCAUCAAGGAUCGGCACAGCGACAACAUCAUGCUGACCGAGGACGGAAAACUCUUCCACAUUGACUUCGGACACAUUCUGGGCCAUGGAAAGACGAAGCUUGGAAUUCAAAGAGACCGACAGCCGUUCGUGCUCACAGAGCAUUUCCUGACCGUCAUUCGAUCUGGAAAGUCUGUGGAUGGCAAUUCGCAUGAACUUCAGAAGUAAGGAACAAAUAUUAAUUAUAACUACAAAUUUGAUUAUUGCAGAUUCAAGUCGUUAUGCGUCGAGGCGUACGAUGUGAUGUGGAAGAACAGAGAUCUGUUCGUUUCGCUCUUCACUCUCAUGCUCGGAAUGGAACUUCCCGAGCUAUCUACCAAAGAAGAUUUGGAUCAUUUGAAGGUUUAAAAACUUAUAUUAAAGCCUGAAAUACUGUUCAUUUCAGAAAACCCUCUGCUGCAAAGCCGAAACAAAGGAAGAAGCAAGCAAAUUCUUCGCAGGCGUCUACGAGGAAACCUUCAACAGUUCAUGGUCCACAAAGACGAAUUGGCUCUUCCAUGCCGUCAAACACUAUUAA